CCGUGUCUGCCAGCAGAGGGGGCAGCUCCGAGCGCGCAGCAUUUGCAGCUGUGCCUUCCAUGCGAGAAGACGGGAGACCUGCGGCCAGUGACACCGAGGCUUCACUACCUGGAGUGUGGACCAUGGGACCACUGAAAGACAGCAAGAAAAUGCAAGAAAAGGAGAUUGCCCGCAGCCGCAUCCCUCGACUGGUUCUGCGUCCCUUCUUGCCAAAACAGAAAGUUCCCCCAUCUUCUGAAUCUCCGUUUUCCGAAGAAGAAAGUAAAGAUUUUAACUUGACUUCAAGUCGAUGUACAAGGACAAUAAGCAGCAACAGUUUCUGUUCAGAUGACACUGGUUGCCCAAGCAGUCAGUCAGUAUCUCCUGUUAAAACUCCAUCAGAUGCUGGUAUGAGCCCAAUGGGGUUCUGCACAGGAAGUGAAGAUGAUUAUCGCCACAAAAAAGUCAGUGUGGGUACAUUCCCAGAUGGCAAGCUACAGCCUGCUCGGUACAAAAAGGAAAUGAAGACAGGUUUGCUAAAGACAGGGAGUGAAGCAGAUUUUAGCUCCUCAAGCAGUACAGGGAGCAUUUCUGCCCCAGAAGUUCAUAUGACUGCUAUAACUGGAGGCAAAAAGGCUUCCUUCUCGCGCAAGCUGCCUUACAGAUCAGAGCCUCAAAAACGGGUUGCCAGGAUUCAGUCAGAGAGUCACACAUCUCAUGGUAAAGGUUCUCAAGGUUCAUCAAACAAACCAAUAAACAGCCCUCCUGCCUCGCGAGAAAAGGACCUCUUUUUAAUGUUGUGCAGGAAUCCACUAAACUCUAGCCACGCUCACGAUGCCUAUGGAGUUUCAUCUCCUAGUAGUAGCAACUCUGGUUCAUAUAAAGGAAGUGACACCAGCCCCACUAUGCGACGCACGAGAUACACCUCUUGUGGGGACAAUCAUGGCAUCAAACCUCCAUCCCCUGAACAGUAUUUGACGCCACUUCAGCAGAAAGAAGUGUCUAUCCGACAUUUGAAGGCAAAAUUGAAGGAAUCGAAGACAUCCCUAGAAGAGAGAGAAGCAGAAAUAGAGGACCUUAAGUCUCAGUUGGCCCGUAUGAGAGAAGACUGGAUUGAAGAAGAGUGCCAUAGAGUUGAAGCCCAACUUGCCCUAAAGGAAGCGAGGAAGGAAAUAAAACAGUUAAAACAGUUUAUUGAAACCAUGAAAAACAGCUUAGCUGAGAAAGAUAAAGGGAUCCAAAAAUAUUUCAUUGAUAUAAACAUUCAAAACCGUAAACUGGAAACACUACUGCGUAGCAUGGAGAUAGCACAGGAUGAGUCCUUCAGAGAUGAACCAUGUCUGGAUUAUAUUUGUAGCUCACCUGGAGCAUCUUUGACUGAAAGUGCAAUUUAUGAUAAAAUGUCAGAAGGACUCCUAUUAGAAGAACAAGCAACUGAAGAAAUGGCAGACUGUGAUCUGCUUGUCAAUGAUGACCUUGCAAACAGAGAUGACUUGUAUGAUGAAGUAAUGAUGGAAACCACAAGUGAGCUUAGUGGUUUAGGACAUCUGAAUUCCACAGGGUUGCAGUCCAGCCUUGGAACAGGUGGAUUUGAUAAGGUAAAAUGGAAACGUGCAAAAGAAUCACUAUGGAUGGAACAAGCUAUACAGACUGAUGUGGUUCCAUAUAGCAUUGAUCUGGAGCACCUUAUUCUCAAGGUUUUCAAGAGUCACGCAAAUAACAAUCCAUUUGGAAGAUCAUCUCCUUUACAGGAUCUUCAAAUAAAAUUUUCUACUGGAUCCCAAACACUAAUAGAUCUGACACCAGAUGACCCCAACUCUGCAAUUCUUUUAUCCCCAGAGUCAAUGCAGAAGGAUUUUGCAAGUGCCAAUGCAAAUCGUGCUAUGAAAGAACUUGACUUUGAAAAUCCUUUAUUGGAGAUGCGAAAUGAAGAGACUGCUCAGGCCCUUGUGCCAAAGAAACAGUGGAGUGAUCAUUUCCUGACCGAUCUCAUGGCUGUAGCAAUGCCCAUCAUUCCUACAGUAAUUUGGGCUUUCAGUACCCAAAGAGGGAACAUUGAUCCUGUAUAUAACAUUGGUACCUUGAUGCGUGGUUGUUGUUUGAUGGCUUUACAUUCCCUCAGAAGAAUCCCCUAAAGUCCUUACCAUCUAACCUUUUUACAACUGUAAAAUUGGACUGCGGUUUUCUCUUGUGUUUGUGGCUAUUUAGGGCACUUGUAUGAAUUAUGUUUGUCACUAUUGCACCUAAAUAUUUUUAUUUGCACUUUAUAAAGCAGCAAACAUUAGCAUUUGUUUUGGUUUGCUUUAAGACAAAUAUAAAUUGAAGUGAUAGGUUCACACCCCCCCCACCCCAAACAUUGCACUAAUCCUUACUAAAAUGUCUCAUAUGCUAGAAUUCAUUUUUGCACUUUGCAUUACAAAUCGUGUUUCUAUUGCUGAAAUGGCUCUUACUGGCAUUGCUUAGCUAUGCUUAAUGUGUGAUUGUCUUUGCAUUUGUUAAACAGCACUUGUAAAAUAUAUGCACCUUUAAAUACCCUUGCUUAAAGUAAUGUACUUAUAGUAUAUAUGUGGCGUAAAUAUUAAUGCCCAUGAUGUUGAAUUUGCACUUUUCUGCAUUAUUUAAAAAGGGUCCCUAUUUCUGCUGUAGGUAUGCUUGGUAAUAUGUCAAAUAUUUAUAGUUAUAUAUGUGGGAGUAUAUAUGUAUAUAUUUUAUUGACUAGUGCAGUAUGUUGGAGCAUGUUUGUGCAGAAAGAUACAUUGUAUUGAAAGAGUAUAUUGUACAUUCCUAGUGAAAUGGUAUAGCAUGGUGAAAAUGUGCCUAGAAAUGUUUACGGAGUCUAGAAAUGAUUCUAAUAAAAACAAGUCAU